CGCGACGCUCACUUCUGCUGUAGCUGUAGAAGAAGACGCUGUUGCUGCUGCUCAACAUUAACGCGAUGGAGUCCAACGAUACAGGUCGUGGUGGAUGGAAGUCUCAUCAGAACAGUAAGAUGAACGUGAUCCUGAAGCAGGAGGAACUGAUCGCUCAGAAGAAAAGAGAGAUCGAGGCCAAGCUGAGAGAACAGAGGCAGCAGAAGUCAAGCCCGAGUCCGAACAAAGCCAUCAGUUCUCCUCCAUCACAGGCGGCGUCUUCGUCGUCGUCGCCCUCAUCAUCAUCUUCAUUAUCAAAUAAGUUUGUGAAUGACGGCAGUUUUCUGCAGCAGUUUCUGAAGUUGCAGAGAGAGAAAUCCAGCACUGAAGCAGGAUCGAAAAGUGACUCUAAUGGCCCCGCCCCCUCUAGUGAGGACCAAUCGGCGACUACGACGCAGGGGCCAAAAAAGAGCAUACUCAUCGGUAAACGGCCGGCUUUGGCCGUCAGCAGCAUGAUCAAUCAGUUCAAGAACUAUUCCCAGUCCAAACAGACCACGGUUCUGGCGGCCCGACCCAGUGUGUUCAGCUCACCGGAUGAUGAAGAUGAGGAGGAGGAGGAUGCACACUAUCUGGAGGUCAAAGUUCCCCCCCCAGAGGAUGAAGACAUCCACCUCCUCAUCGAAAAGAUGGCCAUGUUUGUCGCUGAAGGAGGAGCUGAGCUGGAGAAGAAGGUCAUGGAGGACUACAAAGACAAUCCUGUCUUCUCGUUCUUGUUUGAGAAGAACAGUAAGGACUAUCAGUACUACAGGAGAAGAGUUGCUGAGAUCAGACGAGAUCAGUCUGCGCAGUCUGAUGUCUCCCCCUCAGUGGACGAGAGCACCAGGAAGGUGGCGGAGAAACUGGCGCAUUUCGUGGCCGAUGGCGGUCCAGAGGCGGAGAUCAUGGCUGCUCAACAGAACCGAGACAAUCCUGCCUUCAGUUUUUUGUACGAGUAUCAGAGCGCGGCGCAUCGCUUCUACAAAGCCAAAGUGGACGAGUUUCGGCGGGCGGCCAGCGGCUCUGAGAUCCAGACGUCCAGUCGCCCCACGGCCCCUCAGACACCCUCACACGAGCACACGGCCCCUGCGCUCAAGAGGAAGAGGAAGAGCAGAUGGGGAGCUGAAGAUGAUAAAGCGUCGCUGGCCACUACCGCGCUCAUCAGCGCUCAGAUCCCAGCGGCCGCAAGCAGUUCUCCUGCACUGACUGAUCAAGAGCUCAGCAGUCUGGGGUAUAAGAAGGGGAAGCCGGUGGGUCUGGUGGGUGUGACCGAACUAUCGGAGGACCAGAAGAAACAACUUAAAGAGCAACAGGAAAUGCAGGAGAUGUACGAUAUGAUAAUGAAGCACAAGCGAGCCAUGCAGGACAUGCAGCUGUUGUGGGAGAAGACCAUCAAGAAUCAUCAGCACGAGUAUGACAGCGACGAGGAGGUGGAUUCUGAGGAGGGAACCUGGGAGCACAGACUGAGACAGAUGGAGAUGGAGAAGACCAGAGAGUGGGCGGAGCAGCUGACAGAGAUGGGAAAAGGGAAGCAUUUCAUUGGCGAUUUCCUUCCUCCGGAUGAGCUGGAGAAGUUCAUGGAGACGUUUAAAGCUCUGAAGGAGGGCAGAGAUCCGGAUUACUCCGAGUAUAAAGAGUUCAAGCUGACAGUGGAGAACAUCGGCUUCAAGAUGUUGAUGAAGAUGGGCUGGAAAGAAGGUGAAGGUUUGGGCUCAGACAGACAGGGCAUCAAGAACCCCGUCCACAGAGGCACCACAGCUGUGGACGGCGCAGGCUUCGGUGUGGACAGACCGGCUGAACUCAGUAAGAGUGAUGAUGAGUAUGAUGCGUUCCGUAAGAGAAUGAUGCUGGCAUACCGCUUCAGACCGAACCCUCUGAAUAACCCCAGGAGGCCGUACUACUGAACACAGCAGCUCAACACGCCACUAUCUCCUCUGGACGAUCACCUUUUGUUUUCUUCUAUUCCUGCUAUAUACCUGCUAAAUGAAGUGCUUUAUUUCACCAAAUCCUCAUCAUUGUUUUUCUGACUGAAAAUAGGUUUAAAAAACAAUCGUUACAGAGGAGAGACUUUAAAGUGUCUCCAUUUCUUUAAACGUGUUCAUUUUCUUGUUGAACGUUAUUCUCAAGUGUAGUCACAUCUGUUAUAUAGAAUUGAAUGGUUUUAUGUCUGUUUUACUCAUGAGCACAGGUGACAAAUGAAGUCUUGUAAAGGCACAGAGUGUCCCGUUGAUCUGUAGUUUCACUCACUCUUCAUCUAUUAAAUGUCUGAUUCUUCA